CCCCCGUGCUGUGUGUGGCUAAUGGAAAUUAUUGUCGUCAUUAUAGGCGGAGACACCCACGGCUGGCUGACCGCAUCACCGGCGGCGAGAUGUGCUCCUGCCGCACUCGUUCUUAUUGGAAGAAUCUUCAGACAGGAGGGUACCGGAUGCAAGGCCGUUGGAGGAUGCGGGCGCCGCGCACCGGCCGUAUCUCGCUGGCGCCAGAGGGCGUCGGUGCCAACCGCCGCAGUGGGGCAUGGCAACAGGCUUGGCGCCGCCACGACAUGAGAGUCCAUGGUCGUCGCUUCCGUCGGCCGCCGGGAGCACGGACACGCAAGGGCUGAGGCAGGCGCAACCGCCGCUUGAUGCUUAGGCGGCCGUGUCGCACGGGCCUCGGGAAGCGGCGCCAGUGGAACCACUACGUCGCGCAAGAAACCCGAACUGGCCGCUGAUGCAUCAAAGGCUCGAUUCCUCCUUGCGCUGCAACUACGAGGGCUAAAGAUGGAUGAUGACGAAGCCUUCUUGGACAUCAUUGAUUUUGGUUGCACACAAACGCAACCAAAGAGUCCAAUUGGAGAGCAGCCAACUCCAUCAACUCAGCAUCGUUCUGCAAUAACAGAGAAAGGAAAAUCCCACAAAGGAAAAAAUUGGUCUAGUGAUGAGGACAAGGUUCUCAUAGCAGCAUGGGCAAAUACAAGUUUGGAUAUUGUUGGGACAGAUCAAAACCGAGAUACUUAUUGGGCUAGAAUUUCAGAGUACUACAACAGACAGAAGGAAUCAUCAUGGCCGGAACGAAAUGAUAAUGCAAUCAAUUGCCGUUACACUUUCACUAACAGAGAGACCUCUAAAUUUUGUGGUUGCCUUCAGCAGAUUUUAAAUAGGCAAGAAAGUGGAAGGACUAUAGAAGAAAAGACAAACGAUGCACACAUUUUGUUCAAGGAAAUGGAUCCUAAAAAAAAGAAGCCUUUCACAUUGAUGCAUUGCUACAUAGAGUUUUCGAAGUAUCCAAAGUGGCAGACAAGAGAACUUGAAACUUCUGUGAAGAAACAAAAGAAGACCAUUGAUGCAAGUCCGGGCACAGCUACCAAUGAUCCGGCUGAUGCAUCCUCGGUACGUACUGAUGCUACCUCGAUACGCACUGAUGCUCUUGAACAUGAGACUAGACCUGAUGGUGUGAAGAAGGACAAGAGAGGUAAGGCUGAUGACAUUGCUUGCAAGUUUUCAUUAGAAACUGUGUGAGCAGCAAAACAAGAGAAGGAUGAGAUCAAAGAGGCGGCAAGAAAUGCUCGCUACGCGCAGCAACUUGAAUUGCGAAAAGAGGAGAUUGCACUAGAGAUGCUCUUAGUAAUAGCGAUGAAAUCAAGGUAUGACUCCGAUUCAUUCCUUGAUUCCUUAAUUUUCCUCUCAUGAAGUUUGUCGGGGUCGAGCGCCUGAGGGCCCGCCACUGUUUACGACGCCGGAGGCCAAGCCGUUGCUCGAGUCCAGCGGGGCAGACGCCAGAUGAAGCCGAUGCCGUCGUCGUUCAAGUUCUCCAUUAUUCCAGAUAGAUGGACGCCAGUGUCCCUGUUCUUCAUUCACGGGGCGAGGCUGUCGCUUGAAUGCUUUUUCGCCGGGACGAGGGCCGCCUUUGCGCUCAACGGCGAGCGUGCUGAUAACGUGUAAAGAGUAAAAGCAGGGAAGGAGAAUGAUAGAAUGAACAGUAAUAUCUCAUUGAUGGAAAUUGGGGUUAUUUAUACCCAGUACAUGGUGGUUUACAAAGGGGCGGUUGCCAAAAGAACAACCGACAUAGUAUUGAUUAA